AUGGAUUUUGAAGUUCCUCAACAAGAUAUGUUCUUCUACCGAGACAAUGGAGAGGUUCUAUUUGAUGGAAAAAUAGGCAUUUUCCCAUUCACGGAACAAGUUCCAGCAAAAAGAAACAACAAAAACAGAUGUGCAGGUACUUUAGAGACUAAGCCUAUUGCAAGCAUCACCAAAGAGGUCACUAAGCAAUGCAUAAUAAAUAAGGUCAUCCCAACUAUAAUGGAGAAAUGGCCUGAAGGCAAAAGUAAGUUUAUCACUAUUCAACAAGACAAUGCAAAACCACACAUAGCAAAUCAUGACCCAGAUUUUAGGGCUGCUGCCACUCAAAAUGGUUUCAAUAUACAACUAGUGCAGCAACCCCCAAACUCGCCCGAUACUGACGUUAAUGAUUUGGGUUGGUUUAGAGCAAUACAAUCAUUGCAAUUGCAGACUGCAUGCAACACCAUAGAUGAUUUAGUUAAGGCAGUGGAGAAGUCUUUCCAUGACUUAUGCCCUGUGACUCUAGACAAUGUAUUCCUAUCAUUGCAAAGUUGUAUGCUAGAGAUAAUGAGGCUGAAGGGCCAGAAUUGCUACAAAAUUCCACACAUGGGGAAAGCAUCAUUAAGGAGAAGUGGACAACUUCCUGAGAACUUACAAGUUCCACUAGAGUUGUUCAAUGAAUGCAUUUCUUAUCUCCGAGCAGAGGAUAGCAUUGAAGGAUUGGAGUAUCAGGGCUAUAGGUAUGUGAAGACAAAGGUUGCUGACUGUGAAGAUUGGUGCAUCUAUGUUUUGGUAUAA